CAAUAAUCCAUCCAGAGCAAAGCAGAGAGUGGGUGAGAGAGAGAGAGAGAGAGAGAGAGUGUAAGAGAAGAUGGGUGGUAUUCCUUUCGAUUGUCUCGCUAACCCUCUCGGUGCUGUAAGGAUAACGUUUGAGAGAGCAAUUUCAUCUGGUUCUGAUCCAAAAACUUUUAACGGCAAAGACUGGGGUGCAAUUGAAGUUUUCAAGGAGUGCCUCUUUGAUCAAAAUGGCCUCUCUCAGGUUCCGAUUCUCGAUUCCUCGACUAUCGGUCGGAUUAAGCCCAAUUCGUUGGUUCGGUUUAGAGGAAUGGUACAAGAUAUGCUGGGAAAUGAGUUAUAUGUUGGGGCUUUCAAGGAUGGAUCAACAUGGAGGACAAACAAGUUCACAGAUGUUGCUUCGUUCCCUAUGAAUUCGUCAUCAGAAAUGAGCAUGUGGGAACGCCGUCUUCUUUACUGUGUGCCGGUUCCAGGACAAAGUCCUUGGGUUGUGGAGGCUUCUUCAUCGGCUGCUGCUGCUUCAUCAGAGGCAGCUAUAAACAGAGGUGAUAAUUGGGCUUCUCAACAAGGAGAGAAGCGCAGGAGAGAUGACGAUACAUCUGUAGAUACGAUGGAUUGCAAUAUAUCCAAUCAUGAAGCUAAAGGUUCACCCUCAAGCACAAAAAAGAUGCGAGAAGAUGGACUCCCUUGCCAAGCAUUUCAGUCUCAUGAAUUGGAAAUUGGAGAGACCUCUUCCAUGCAAAGCGUGAUUCCUGAUUUUGACACAAAGUCUCUUUCAUGUCUAGUCAAGAUAUAUGACUCACCGGAAACUGAAUUGAAGCUGAAUGAUGUCUUUGAGUUUGUUGGUGUGUUCACUUUCGACCCAGAACUUGUAGCUUCUAAGAAUGAGACUGAUGACUCAGAUGCCCUUUUUGAAGAUGAGCUUGUCAAUUUGCCUCCAAACAAGGUACCAAGACUUCAUUGUUUAAUACAUAAAAAAAUUACGAUUCAAGAUUUCUUUUGUGGUUCCCCUGUCAUUGAGCGAGUACCCUAUGUUAUCAGAGGAAUAAGGGAAUCCUUAGUUGGGUAUCUUACAGCUGUUCUUGGUAACGAUGGUGUAGCAGCUCAAUCUGUUUUGUUGCAUCUCCUAUCCCAGGUACACACCAGGGUUGACACUGUUGCCGUUGGGAAACUAUCGCUAAAUCUAACAGGUUUUACCAAAGAAACUGUAUCGGUUUUCGGGAAUCAACUUAAUCUCGCGAUCCAGAGUCUCUUACCUUUGACUCAAGCUCUACCUCUAACAGUGGAGUAUCUCAACACUGCUUCACUUGCCCCUAAGAAGGAUUACAAGUCAAACAGGCUUAUCACCGGAAGUUUGCAGCUUGCUGAUGGUACCCACUUAAUCCUUGACGAAACUCAGCUGAAUCCAGGGACCCUUAACUCUACUGGGGUUGAGAAUGUGCAGAUUCUUAAAAGUCUGAUGGAGAUGCAAAAGGUGGAAUACGACUUUGAGUACUAUAAAUUGGAAAUGUCUUCCGAUGUGCAAUUAUUAGUCCUUUCUGAGGGAAAAUCAAAUAUUUUACCAGCCGAUUUGGUGUUACCGUUUCAACCUUCUAGUGUGGGUUCGUCUCUUAAUGCAGACGCAAAUGCCCUGCAAGCUUGGAGGUGGUAUUUGGCCACUCUAAGAUCACAACCACAUGUUAUUGACCCUGAAUUGCAAAAGGUUAUCGAGAAUGAUUUGGUUGAAGCUAGGCAAGAAGAUCGAAGUUUAGGAAGCAAUGACUUCAGCAGGUGGCUCACAAUGGCUCGUCUUAUGUCCGCUAGCUUUGGUGAGACCAGUCUCUCACUUGAGCAUUGGCAAAUGGUGAAAGAGCUUGAGAGGUUAAGGAAAAAUAGACUUAAAUGAGGAAAAAGAAGGCAAAGGAAUUCAUGGAAAGUAUUUGAUUCAGUGAUUGUUUCUUUGUCUGUUGGUUGAAUGCUGUUUUAAGAAUUAUGUUAAUGAUGUUUUGCCCCGUCUAAAUUAUCUUACAGAUGCAUGGAUCCUAUUUGUAUCAUACACAUUAUAAGGAUUCUAUUCUGUUGAGACUUGGCAAUGGUUGAGUUUUGAGUUCUAAACAAUACGAAGAUUCUAUUUUAGUAAAA